ACACAGCGAGCAGAGAAGACACACUGAACUCUCUCAGUCCAGGUCUGUGCAGCAGAAGCAGGAUGCAGGUUCUGCCGAUUCUGAGGGUUUUGCUGACCGUGGAGCUGGUGCUGGUUUCUGUGGAGCGUUCUGAGUGUGUGCGCUGCUUUGAACGUUUCAACCUGCUCCUGGGUCAGUGUGAUGAAGAGGUCGGUGAGGUGGAUGAAGAUGACUGUUGUCAGAACCCUCUGUAUGGUUACAAGGCAGAAGACGGAGUGUGCCGCCUCUGUGGGCCGCCUGCAUGGUCUCCCUGGUCAUCAUGGUCACACUGUAAUGUCCUCUGUGGGGACGGAGUGACGCAGAGAAGAAGGAAGUGUUUCGGCAGAGGCGAGUGUGAGAACUCUGCAGACAAACUGGAGAUGGAGACGGUACCCUGCGUCGGCACCUGCUGCAAUACUGAGGGGUGGACCUUGUGGCUCCCCUGGUCACCUUGCUCGGUGUCCUGUGGAGAGGGCGGAGUCAGGAAGAGAGAAAGAGUCUGUUCAAGUCCUCCUGAGUGUCGCUCUGCCUGCAACGGUCCUUCAGAGGAGACAGAGGCAUGUCCCCCACAAGAUACCUGUCCAGUUCACGGAGCUUGGACAGGCUGGUUUGAUUGGUCUCCUUGUUCUGGAUCAUGUAUCAGCGUCCAGGACGCCCCAGUAAGAUGGCGAUCGCGAACCUGCACUGACCCCGCCCCCUCCUCUGACACCGUCCCACCUGGUAAUGGAUGCCCUGGAGAAAACUCCCAGAUACAGGACUGCAGCGAACUCCCAAACUGUCAAGUGCAUGGAAGCUGGGGGGCGUGGUCUCCAGCAGGGCCAUGCUCGGUCCCUUGUGGGGAGGGGCUUCAGCUGGCAAUCAGAAGCUGUGAUCAACCCGCCCCAAAAUAUGGUGGCAAAUUCUGUGAGGGACCAAGCACUCAGAGCAGCAUCUGUCAGAGUCCCUGUCCAGUGGACGGGUUUUGGUCUGGUUGGUCCAACUGGGGGGAAUGUUCUUCUUCCUGCAUCCCACAAAGCUCUGUCCCCACCAGGACUCGCCAACGCACCUGUUCUAACCCCGCCCCUUCAUCCAACCCACCUGGGAGGAGUUGUGAGGGGGAGGACAAGCAGGCAGACAUCUGCAACCACCUGCCUCACUGCCCAGUGGAUGGAGGUUGGGGGGCUUGGUCUCCCUUCUCCUCCUGUCCUGUUACUUGUGGUGUGGGGCUUCAAGUGUCCGUCAGGAGAUGUGAAAGCCCCGCCCCAAAACACGGUGGGCUGCCAUGUUACGGAGAAAGAAGUCGCACCAGCAUCUGUAAAACCAAUGUCCACUGUCCAGUGGACGGGGUGUGGUCAGAGUGGUCAGAGUGGAAACAGUGUAGAUACCCAUAUGGUGACAAAGACAUCAAAUGUAAGCAGAUUGGCGGCAGUCAGAUCCGGGAGCACGAGUGUCUCUAUCACGCCCACAACGGGUCCAUCUGCAGCGGGAUAGAGCUGACGGAGAGACGGGUCUGCUACGAUGUUACCAACUGUUACAUAAAGGGUACCUGGGAUGGCUGGGAGUCGUGGAGUUUGUGUAGACCCUCUUGUGGAGGAAAUUCCAAACGCGUCAGGAUGAGGCGCUGCAAACCGGACUACAGCGAUUACCGUCCCACCAUUGGUCGUCAGAGGAUGGGGGCAACAUUCUUUGGGAAACCUCUGGCUGACUGCGGCGCUGUGCCCGAUAGCGGAGAGAAGUAUCAACGUCAGGCCUGUGUGAACGUUCCUGCCUGCCCUGAAAACUGAUGACUUUAACACCCUCACUUAAUAAUGAAACAAUCACCAACACAACACCGUCCCAAUGAGCUUACACCUAUGAAACAUGCCAGUAACACACUCACCAAGGAAUUGAGUAACACUGAAUGUUCUGCAUUUCCAGAGCUGGACUCUAAUGAACACUUCGCACUGCAUACUGAAUUUAAAACUUAAAUUCAGUUCCACAAAUCUCCUAAACACAAACAGUGGUGUCAUUUUAUUCUAAUCCAUGAAAUAAAGUACAGAACAUUAACGCUGCAAGUAGAACAAUCAAAGUUUGUGUUCUUUAAAACUUGCUUUUUUUUUUAAUGCAACAAGUGUUUCUAAAAAAUACAUAAAAAAAUAAAUAAUGCUUUUGUUGCUUGA